CUCCGUUCUUCUCAGCUUUACUUUGCUCUUUAUCUUCACACACUUUCACUCUCCCUUUCUUUUCCUUUAUCAAAAUGCCGAUCAAAAGGGAUCCGUCGAUUCCGCCGCCGACGAUUGGCAAGAUCGGUCCAUACACCGUCUUCAUUACCCCUCCUUCCACCCCUUCUCCCGCUGAAUCCCCUGUUUUUCAAUCUCCCACCAAGGGGGCGCCGCCGCUUUCUCCUCUCGCUCCUCCUCCCGUACAACCGCCGCCCCAGCAGUUUGACAAGUCUCUUCUUUCUUGUGAAUCGUAUUCCGAUGGCUCUUUUCUGGGUUUCUUCAAAGACGCUGCCUUUAAACUCCAAAACGCUCAUUCAAGCUUGGAUGAUCAUUUAGCGCGCUGGUUUGGUUUAAAUCAAUCGAAGUAUCAAUGGGCAUUGGAUGAUUAUUAUGAGAGCAAGGGACUGGAAAAGGAAGGUAAAGUGAAAGAUAUGUCGAGCAAAAUACAGAGUGUGUAGCAUACUUGUCCUGGAAUUGCACCAAGGAUGGUUGUUGCUUCGGAAAGACAUCCGGAUCUGUGAAGGGAACUUAGUUGAAGUCUUAGGAUCAGAUCGGAUUGUAUGUGCUUCUCUUCCUUGUGUUAAAGUAGCUAACUGAGCUUGCUUUUGUGUAUUAGGAUCGGAAUCGUAUGCGCUUCUCUUCCUUAUGUUAAAGUAGCUAACUGUGCAGGACAUACUCUGUCAUGUGUUGUUAUUUUAUUGAAAGCAUUGUCUUGCUGCCUAA